AUGAACAACACAUCCUCAGUGAAAACCCUCCACUUCACGGACAUUGUUUACAACCGACAGCAUCACUAUGACCCUCAAACAGGCGUCUUCACCUGCAUCAUCCCUGGCAUUUUCCAGUUCAACUUCCUCUGCAUCUCCCACAUCUCUGAAAAGAAUCCACUGUUGGCUGAGGCUGCUGUCCACACAGAGAUGCUGCUCUGUUCUCUUUUUGUGUUGUACCUAUGCACUGUGCCUGUUCAACUGAACUCCAAUGAUUUCCUUAGUCCAUUACUCAAGAAAUGUUAUGAAGAUGCAAAGGAGAUUGUGGAUGUGGCGUACAGGUUCUCCAGAGAAGAGAGUCUGACGAGAGUUCGGCGAGAGGUGGUGAGGCCCCAUGAUGCAUUGCGCCUGCUCAAUCAGCCUCGAGGAGACACUCGCUCUGCGGUCCGCUCAGCAGACUACCUGGACCAGACGCUGCGGCUUCUGCAAGAAAGGACACAUCAUGUUCACAAGCGCUCUCUUAACGCUACAGAUCUGCUCACUGAGGAGGAGCUGAAAAGUUUGGUUGAAAUCACUGGAUGUGCAGCAAGAGUCAGGCUGCCAAACUGUCGAACAACACCAAAUGUGAACAAAUAUCGUACCGCAACCGGCGUGUGCAACAACCUGAAAAGCCCUCGUCUCGGUGCUUUGAAUUCUCCAUUCACUCGAUGGCUUCCAGCUGAGUACGAUGAUGGCAUAUCUCAACCCAAAGGAUGGAACAACCGGACAAUUAAUAACUUCCUGCUUCCAUUGGUCAGACAGGUAUCCAACAACAUUUUGGCUACAACAGAUGCAGGAGUGGUCAAUGACACAGAGUACACUCAUAUGGUCACCUUGUUUGGCCAAUGGACUGAUCAUGACUUGACUUUCACCCCAUCCUCUCCAAGCAUUCGCUCAUUCAGCAACGGAAUCAACUGUGACGAGAGCUGUGAGCGUACUGAGCCCUGCAUCCCCAUCGCGAUACCUCCAGGUGACCCACGCCUGCCCACUGGGAAAGACAGCUGUAUUCCAUCUUUCAGAUCAGCCUCGACAUGUGGAACAGGGUUUUCAGCCUAUAACUUUGGUGGUGAGCCCAAAAAGAGAGAGCAAAUGAAUGCUCUGACUGCUUUCCUGGACUUGGGUCAAGUGUACGGCUCAGAGGAGAAGCUUGCCUUGUUCCUGCGUGAUACAGAAAAUGAAGGAGGGCUGAUGCGGGUCAACACUGAGUUUAGAGAUAAUGGCAGAGAACUGCUGCCUUUCACCGGCCUGGAGAUGAACAUGUGCGCCACACGUAAACGAAUCACUAAUGACACCAAUGCCAAGGAGGUGCCCUGCUUCAUGGCAGGUGACGUGCGAGUGGAUGCGACCAUAGCUCUGACUUCACUUCACACACUUUUCUUGAGAGAGCACAACCGUGUAGCUCGAGCUCUGAAGAGGAUAAAUCCCCAGUGGGACAGUGAGACGCUGUAUCAGGAGUCCCGUAAAAUCCUGGGAGCAUACACACAAAUAUUUGUAUUCAGGGACUACCUCCCCCAUAUCGUUGGUCCUGACGCUAUGCACAGGCUCCUUGGACGGUACCCUGGCUACAAUCCCAAAGUUGACCCCAGUGUGUCCAAUGUUUUUGCCACAGCUGCCUAUCGCUUUGCACAUUUAGCCAUCCAACCCAUGUUUACUCGUCUGGAUGCAAACUACAGGGAGCACCCCAAGUUUCCCAGUGUGUCCCUGUACAGGGCCUUCUUCACUCCAUGGCGUAUCGUCUUUGAGGGUGGUGUGGAUCCACUGAUUCGUGGUUUAAUCAGUUUUCCAGCCAAACUGAACACUCAGGAUCACAUGAUGGUGGACGCUUUGAGGGAAAGACUGUUUCAGUUUGUUCAGCAUCUGGCUUUGGACCUGGGCUCUCUGAACAUGCAGCGAGGCCGUGAACAUGGCUUGCCAGGAUACAAUGCUUGGCGUAGGUUCUGUGGUCUGUCUGCUCCCAGAAACCAGGCUGAAUUGGCUCAAGUGAUGAACAACACAGAGCUUGCCCGAAAGCUGUUGGAUCUCUAUGGCACACCUGAAAACAUUGAUGUUUGGCUGGGAGGAGUUUCAGAGCCAUUUGUUUGUGGAGGCCGAGUGGGUCCUCUGUUUGCAUGUCUUAUUGCCAAUCAGUUCAAAAAUAUCCAACAAGGAGACAGGCUUUGGUAUGAAAACCCUGGAGUGUUCUCAAAGAGACAGAGACUUGCCCUGUCCAGAGUCACCCUCUCUAGAGUCAUCUGUGAUAACACUGGGAUCACAACCGUACCACAGGAUGCAUUUAGUGUCCUGUCCCGGUCAAACCGUCUUGUCCAGUGCAACAGUUUGUCUUCUGUUGACCUGACAGCCUGGAGGGAGCGAGACUGCUCAGUGUCAAAGGACCUCCCGGACCUCCAGGCCCUGGACAACGAGGUCCUCGAGGCUUGA